AUGAACUUAGAGGUACGACCUGUUAUGUUUGAAGAUUUAGCUCGACAAGUUUUGAGGCACGGUUACCGACGAAAACCGAGUGAAUAUGUUGAAAGAAUCGAUCGGAUAACAAAUAAGGAUAUCAAAAGAAUAGCAGAACGUAUGCUGUUGAAGCAUCCUUCCGUUGUUGGUUAUGGUGAUGUUAAACGUAUUCCACGUUAUGAAUUAGUUGACAAGUGCGUGGCAAAGAGACAACUUGGAGAACUCAAAUCAAAGGGAUUUUUUGGCUUUUAA